GUUCCAUUAGUCUUCCCUCUACUUUUCCUACAUCGCUUUGCUUUUCGAGCCCUCUACUUUCCUUGUUUUAUGGCGCCAUGCUUGAUCCCUCAUAUUUCUCUCUGUUCCCCUCAUUAUUCUUUUGUUCUCCUGCACUCUGCCUCUCUAUUCUCUCAUCCACUAAUCUCCAUCUCUCUCCCGUAACUCCCAAUCUCCCACCCACCCAUCUCUAUCUCUGCAUCUCCUCCUUUUGCAUUUCUUUCCAUUCCAAAAUCCCAGUCACACCCAGUCUCCUCUCUGUUGAAGAAAAAGAAGAAAACAGGGAGAGAGAAGACUCCCAUGUCAAGUCAGAAGAAGGAGGAGGAGGAAGGAGAUCCGAAUCCCAGCCACAAUCAGUCUCCUCUCUGUUGAAGAAGAAGAAGAAAACAGGGAGAGAGAAGACUCUCAUGUCAAGUCAGAAGGAGGAGGAGGAAGGAGAUCCGAUCAAGGCCAUCGAUGGCAGCGAGGGGAAAGCCGGUGAUAGCGGCGACGGGAAGGUCUGCCAUGGACGCCAGUGAUAGAUCCGGCGACUUAGAAAGAGGGAAGGAGAAAGAUGUGAACGUCGAUGGCGGCGAGGUUUGCCGCCUGAAUCUCCUGUGUUUUCUCCUGUGUUUUCUCUCUCGCUGGAAGAUAGUGAAGAAGAAGGAGCGGAGGAGGAGGAGGAGGAGGAGAAGAAGAAGAAACCUCGAAAAAGAGGGCUCCGGGGUCAACGCCGCGAAGUUGGUUUCAAAGAUCACUGUUGCAACAGCAGCUAUGGAGACCAUAGAUAUGCAGGAUAUGCUGAUGAAAUCAACUUUAGACUCGAUGUUCAAGGUGGGAUUUGGGAUGGAACUCAAUGCUUUGUCUGGAUCAUACGACCUUGGGCAGCAAUUCGCCAGAGCAUUCGACGAUGCGAAUUCUAUUACCUUCAGGAGAUUCGUUGAUAUGACGUGGAAACUCAAGAGGAUCUUCAAUAUAGGUUGGGAAGCUAAUCUGAAGCAGAACAUGAAAGUCAUCGAUGCCUUCAUAUAUAAGCUGAUUGAACGCAAGAGAGAACAAAUGAGUAAUGGAGAAACUCUUCUGGGCAAGGAAGACAUACUGUCCAGGUUUCUGUUGGAAAGUGAGAAAGACCAGGAGAACAUGACUGACAAGUAUCUGAGAGACAUAACCCUCAAUUUCAUCAUAGCAGGAAAAGACACGACUGCGAAUUCCCUCACUUGGUUCUUCUAUUCCCUCUGCAAACACCCUCUGGUCCAAGAAAAGGUUGCUCAGGAAGUCAGGGAAGCUGCAACAGCCAAUCAGAACGGAGAAGUAACAUCAGCUGAGGAGUUUGUGGAGCUACUGACUCAGGAAGCUCUGGACAAAAUGCAUUACCUUCAUGCGGCUCUAACAGAAACUCUCAGACUCUACCCUGCAGUUCCUUUGGUUAUGAAGCACUCAAGUUCAGAAUUUUCAGCAAUCCAGGGGAUCGGUUGGAUUCCAGUGAUCAAGUGGAGGAUUUUAGUACAUUUAGAGGGGCUCUCCAACUUCAAAUGAUCUCUCUCGCAAUCCUCGGUACUUUGUGUAUCUGUAUUUUCUUUCCUCUUUCUUUUAAUCUUCUAAGC